AUGAAUAAGUACGAACAAAUAGGAGCUCAAGAACUUCUGUCAAUGUUGAAUGAUGAAGAAUUAAUGUCAGUUAAAGAUACUGUUACAAAAUCCAUGAUGCCAGCAAAUUCUCGUUCAGAAGCUAUAGAUGCUUGUCUGAAAUGCUCACAAUCAGCAAUGCAAUUAUUAAGACGAAAAAAAAUUCGACGAGAUAUUCUAAUGCAAUACUUAGCUAGAAAAACUAUACCUGUUGUUGCAGGUACCGAUAAGGUCCGACUAAUCAAACAAAUAAUUGAAUUUUGGAAUACUGGAUCUCAAACUGUAACAACAAAUGUAUCACAACAAAUAACAACAAUUCCGAGUAUUGAUCAAUUAUCACAUCAAUUUACUGAAUGGUUUUAUACAUCGUGGAAUACUCUUACAACAUUUACAUCUGAUCAUUUCUUUCCCGAUUGUCAAUUAACUCUUAUACAUGAAAAUCAACGUCGAAUAUUAGGUUCAUAUUAUGUAUGUGAACUUCUUCGUUCUUAUGUUACUAAUCAAGAAUUACGUUUUUGUCCAAAUAUACAAUCAAAUAAAGCUGAAGAAUCAAAACAUGGUUUAGUACUUUUACAGAUUCAUGGUACAAUACAUCAACGUGGUACAUGCGUUGGAAUAUUUGAUCAAGCAUUUGGUUUGAUACGUGAUCCAACACGUUCUAAUAAUUAUUUAAUCAAAUUUUGUUUUCUUAAUAUGCAAACACAACAGUCUCAUCAACAACAAUUAUUAUCAACAAAUCUACCGACACCAACUUAUCUUAUUGAUAUAAUGCAAAAUUAUGAUCAAACAAUACAACAACAAAUUGAUUCAACUGAUUAUAUUAUUGACGACGAUGGUGAUGAUGAUAGUGAUUAA